AUGAUACUGUUAAUAACAAAUUUACAAAAUAAAACUCAAGCCACUUCUGAUUAUCCCUCUUUUAAUAAGAUGUUGAAGAAUAUUAUAAAAUAUAAUUCAUCAUCAUCAGCAGCAUCAUCAAUAUUACAAUCUAGUUUAUAUCGAUCUAACAACAGUUGUAUUGGGCUGUUAACACCAAAGAGAUACUACCAAUGGCCACAGACAAUCAAAGAGAUAAAGUCGGCUAACGAGGAGAAAUCAUCGAUAAAGACAAGAGGUUGGGUAAAGAGUUUUCGUGCACAGAAAACGAUUGGUUUUGUAGAGCUGAGCGAUGGAUCUACUGUGCAAGGCUUGCAGGUAAUUGGUGAUCCAGCGCAGCUCACGGGAAUCACCAACGGUUGUUGCGUCGAAGUCUCGGGAUCACUGACUCGCAGUCCUGGAAAGAGUCAGCAAUUGGAGCUGAAGCUUGACCAGCCUGCACGUGUCAUCGGUGCCAGUCCAGAGGACUACCCACUGCAGCCAAAACACCACUCCUUUGAAUUUCUCAGAGAGAUUGCUCACAUUCGUCCGCGAUCCAACACACUCGGUUCGAUGAUUCGCGUUAGAAAUCAAGCGUCAAACUUGAUUAAUCAAUAUUUCCAGGAACGUCAAUUCCAAUUGGUUCACACACCCAUCAUCACAGCCUCCGAUUGUGAAGGUGGUGGUGAACAAUUUCAAGUAACAGUUCCAUCAAAUCAACAACAACAACAACAACAAAAACAACAGCAACAACAACAAUCAUCACAUUUCUUUGGUGAACCAGCAUUCUUGACGGUAUCUGGACAAUUGGAAGCAGAGAUAUUUGCAUCUUCACACGGUCGUGUCUAUACAUUCGGACCAACAUUUAGAGCAGAGAAAUCCAACACAACAAGACAUCUCUCUGAGUUUUGGAUGGUUGAACCAGAGAUGGCAUUCAUUAAUCUCAAUGAUAACCUUUCAAUUGCAGAGGAUUUCAUUAAGUACACUGUUAAGAAUAUACUUGAGAAAUGUCCAGAGGAAUUAGAAUUCUUUAACAAGAGAAUUGAUACAAAACUCUUUGAAAGAUUAAAUUGUACACUUAAUAAUGAAUUCAUAAGAUUACCAUACACAGAUGCAGUAAAGAUAUUAAACAACUCUUUUUCAUCAAAGAUAAAAUGGGGAGACGAUCUUCAGAGAGAGGAUGAAAAGAACUUGAUCACUCAUUUCAAUGGUGUACCAGUAUUUGUCAUCGAUUGGCCAAAACAAAUCAAACCAUUCUAUACACGUGAGAAUGACGAUCAAACAACAGUAUCCAACAUGGAUCUAUUGGUACCGGAAGUAGGUGAACUCAUUGGUGGUAGUAUAAGAGAAGAAAGAUAUGAAAAAUUGGUUCAACGAAUUAAAGAAUUGAAAAUGGAUGAGAAUUCAUACUCUUGGUAUUUGGAUUUAAGAAAGUAUGGAUCCGCUCCACACGGUGGAUUUGGUCUUGGCUUUGAGAGAUUCCUGCAAUAUGUAACCGGUUUACAAAAUAUCAGAGAUGUCAUUCCAAUACCAAGACAUCAGAACUAUUGUAAAUUUUAA